AUGUGGCUACUUGAUACCAGCAAUUACAGCCUGGUGGAAAUCUUCCGCCCCGAGGACUUUCAAUACGCAAUCCUGUCUCAUACCUGGAAUUCAGGCAACGAGGUGUCUUUUCAAGAUCUGCGGAAUCUCGACCGAGCACGUCAGCGCUCGGGAUGGACCAAGAUUGAGCGGACGUGCAAGCUCGCCGCUCAGCAAAACAUCAAAUUCGCAUGGGUUGACACGUGCUGCAUUGACAAGACCAACAACACAGAACUGGCUGAAGCUAUCAACUCAAUGUUUGAAUGGUACAAGCUCGCUACCAUCUGUUAUGUCUACCUUGAGGACCUCCCAUCCUCUUCUGUUGGUCCCGAGUCAAAAUUUGCCCAGCGCCAAAUGGCCAAAGACUUGGUCCGCUGCAAAUGGUUUGGCCGCGGAUGGACGUUGCAGGAGCUGAUUGCCCCAUCAUCAGCCGAGUUCUUUGACCGUGACUGGAUUCUGCGAGGGAACAAGAAAUCACUGCAGCAUCAACUAUCUCAGAUUACUGAUAUCGAACUCGGCGUGCUUGCCAACAGUGAAGAUCUUUCCUCAAUCCCCGUGGCCAGAAAGAUGGCUUGGGCAGCAAAGAGGAAAACCACCCGGAUCGAAGAUAUAGCAUACUCCCUGCUGGGUAUAUUCAAUGUCAAUAUGCCAUUGAUAUAUGGAGAGGGCAUGCGAGCCUUUCUGCGCCUACAGGAGGCAAUUGCCCAGUCAACAUACGACCUCUCGUUGUUUGCAUGGUCUGACGAUGAAGAGAAUCCGCAGACUCCUGAAUACAAUGGUAUAUUCGCGCAAACGCCAAUGCAGUUCUCCAGAUGCGGAACACUUCUCAAUAUUGAAAGUCCUGCGCUACUUGCUGGACAGUCUUUCAACCUGACCAAUCGUGGCGUUGAAUUUGAGACCUAUUUAAGGCGGGAUACAAGCGAAGGCGACUUUGAAAUGUGUCUCUUUUGUGCUCCUGGACCGCGGAAUCGUCGCAAGUACAUAUAUAUCCGCCUCGUGAAAACGGUCACGGGCUAUGUUCGACACCGUACCCAGAAGCUCUUUUACCUGUCCGAGGAUUCGCUCGCAUGGAACGAUUGGGACCCUCACCUAGUAUCCGUGCGAGUCCCCCGAGUUCUUUCCUUGACGGAAUCUGCAAAAGUAAAAGGUCGCCUUGAGAAUUCAUUUGUGAUAACAACACCAACAAAACAUAUAGAGUCUCUGCGCUGUGAAUUCUUCCCCAACAUCAGACCUGACCUGUCCAGGGAUGACAUCAAUGUCCCCUGGUACUAUGACGCCAGUUCAAGUCGGAUACUCACGAGUGGAAGCACGCAGUUCACUGGCAUGUUAUACUUGGCCAUUAUGACAGACGAGAAUGAAAUCAUCUUGGUUGCGCCGAUAUUCUGUGGCUUGGCAGCUAAAAAGGAUAAAGAUAAAACUGAAACAUCAGGGAGCUUGGCAGUACAGCCACCAAUCCCUUGGGUCAUGAUCAGCGUCCCCAAUACUUGGUCCAAGGGCAAGACUAAAGCUGAAGUGGCAAGCAAUCUUCACAACCCUUACUUUUUAUUGAAGGAAGGUCGCAUUGUUCGCGGACUACUCAACAUGAGUCAUGCCCCGACACCGCCCACAUCAAUUUCGUUUUCUUAUGGCACCCGUGAUUUUUCGGUCAAUGUUUUUGUAGAAGAGAAGAUGAUGGAGGGUACUCGGACAUUUUCCAUCCAAGCGCGUAUUUCAAGCGAUGGCCAAAAGAAAAGUGAAAAGCCUUCACCCGCUGCAAUCGAAUAUAAACGAGAGCGCCCGGAAGAAAAUCUUGGACAAUCAAAUCGAGACGCACUUGUUGUGUCGUGA